AUGCCUGACAAAGAAUCCAUUGCGGGAACUUCCUCUUCCUCCUCCUUCGAGACGACCCAGUCCGUGGCUGGCAAUAGUGCCCUUUCGAACCUUCGGCGCACGAGAAGCAUAGCAAGCCAACUGGCGACCGUUCGGCCUGAGCAUCUCGACGUCGCUCAACCUUCUUCACUCCCUUCGCUAUACAUCGACGGUCUCCGAUAUGUCCUAGAGGACUGGAUACACAAAAAGCGAAGGAGAAGCCUUUCAUGGAUCCUUCGGUACGGCAAAUACGUCAUCAGGCUUAGCGACGACGGUACAGCAGGUGGCCGAUACUGGGUUUGUGGUCUAUGUGACCCACGGAACCAGGUUAAGAUAUUGGAGGCUAAGGCAACCAGGGUUCAAAUCCACGACACUCCACGACACAUUUGUGAAUAUGGCGUGGAUAUGGAUGCUGACUAA